AAAACUAUCAGUUUGAUGGAGGAUAAUAUGUUUGACUAUUUUCCAGUCCUGAUUGAUGGUUUCAUGGUGAAAGAGUCUCAUACCGUAUCUAUGUUUCUCAUGCAGGUAUGCCCUAUUUGCUCUGUUAAAGUUGCAAGGGACAUGUUAAGUCAUAUUACUCUGCAACAUGGACACCUAUUCAAGUUACAGAGACGUCGUAGAUUACGUAGAGUUGCAAUUCCUAGCAGUCAAGCAUUGUCUCUUCUGGGCCGAGAUCUCAGGGAAGCUCAUCUUCAAGUGCUUUUAGGGGGUGGUGGAUAUCGGUCAAACAAUACGAAUGUGUCUAACGCGGCAACUGAUCCUUUCCUUUCAUCACUUAUUUUGAAUUUCCCUUCAUCUGAAGUAGAGGAAAUUUCAAAAUCUGUUGUAACAAGUGCUGAGGACACUGCUGCAAAGAAUCCAGCACCAACACAUAUCUGGAAAUCAAGUUUUGAUCCCUCUUUGAGUCACGAAGAGCGGGAAAAAAGGAUGAGACAAGCUGCCGGGAGAGCUGGUUUUGUGCAAGAUCUAGUGCUCACAACUCUGUUGAACGACUAAUGGAAACAGUAAGUUGCUUUAAAAAUAAUGGAAUGAGUUGUUCAAAAUCUUGAUAAAUGGGGUAAUAUUUGGGAGAGAUUAUAAUGGUUUUAUGUUGUUUAACAACCCAAUGCAUGCCUUACUGAUAAUAUUCCCACCCUCAGCUCCUUCUCAACCUGAGAUGUACUACAUUCUGGAGAAACAAUGGUCUUCUAAUUUAUUGAAACCUUCAAUUAAUUGUGUUGGUUGUA